AUGACAGCAGAUGAGACCUUGAGACCUUUAUAUGGUGAUAACCGACGAGACCGUUAUAUGGUGACAGCAGAUGAGACCUUUAUGACAGCAGAUGAGACCUUUAUGACAACAGAUGAGACCUUUAUGACUGCAGAUGAGACCUUUAUGACAGCAGAUGAGACCUUUAUGACAGCAGAUGAGACCUUUAUGACAGCAGAUGAGACCUUUAUGACAGCAGAUGAGACCUUUAUGACAGCAGAUGAGACCUUUAUGACAGCAGAUGAGACCUUUAUAUGCCAAGUUGACCCCAAAGUAACUGUAAAUGAUCCUAGUAGAGUAACAAAUGAUCCUAGUAGAGUAACAAAUGAUCCUAGUAGAGUAAUAAAUGAUCCUAGUAGAGUAACAAAUGAUCCUAGUAGAGUAACAAAUGAUUCUAGUAGAGUAAGUGUAGAUGAUCCUAGUAGAGUAUGUAUAGAGAUAUAUUGCGAGGAGUGA